GCCACACAAAGUUGAAUCAAAGUUGUAUAGUCUCAUAAUCCACAACAGAAUCAAUUUAUCUAUUUCUUUUAAUCAUCACUAAUCUGGGGGAAGCUAUUUAUUCCACUGCGGUAGAGGAAGAGAUGUCAAAUCAAACAACAGUAACAGAGUUUUUCCUCUUGGGUCUUACUAGUGGACCAAAGACACACUUUGUUCUCUUUGGGAUGUUUGUGAUUGUCUACAGCAUCACAUUAAUGGGCAAUGUGAUCAUCCUGAUGCUCAUUUGGUUGGAUUCUCAACUCCACACCCCCAUGUACUUCUUCUUAAGUAACCUCUCCUUUGUAGACAUCUGGUACAUAACUUGUAUAAUUCCUCAGUUAUUAACCAACCUGUGGAUCCCAAAGAAGACCAUUUCAUUUGCUGGUUGUGGUGUUCAGAUCUACUUUUUCUUUGGUCUAGCCAUUACUGAGUGUGUCCUCCUUGCAGUCAUGGCCUAUGAUCGCUUUGUGGCCAUAUGUUACCCUCUGCGCUACACCCUCAUUAUGAACCAGAAAGUCUGCAUCAAGUUGGUUUUAGCAGCCUGGCUCUUUGGCUUCCUCCUUGCAAUGGUGCACGUAGUCAAUACUCUCCAAAUGCCUUAUUGUGGUCCAAAUGUCAUUAACCACUUUUAUUGUGAUGUCCUGGUUCUGCUAAAACUUGUUUGUGCUGACACCCAUUUCAAUGAAAUCAUUGUGUUUGUGAUUGCUGUCCUCAUUCUUUUGUGUCCCUUCUCCUUUAUACUGAUCACAUAUGUCCACAUUCUAAUAACCAUCUUGAAGAUUCACUCCACACAAGGUCGGCAUAAAGCUUUCUCUACAUGUGCCUCCCAUAUGACUGUAGUGGCAUUGUUUUACGGAAGUGCUAUGUUCAUGUACAUGAGACCUGGCUCAAACCAUUCGCCAGACCAGGAUAAAAUGGUCUCCUUGUUCUACAGCAUUGUCACACCCAUGUUCAACCCCGUGAUUUACAGUCUCAGGAACAAGGAAGUGAAAGGGGCCUUGGUGAAAGUGUUGCAGAGGUGCAACAUCUGUCAUGGGACUUAAAAGUUUCUUGAAGGUCACAAUGAAAUGUUCACCUCAAAUGUGGUCUAACUGUGUUAGACUCAAAGUGGCUGAUGCUCUGUACUGAUAACCUAGUGACGUAUGUCCUCUUAACAACGUAAUGGUAGUAGAGCAGUGGAUAUUUAAGAUCUUGCUACAGUCAAGGCAUUGGCAAAGAGAUAAACUGUAAAGAUUUUGCAAGGAACCUUUUCAUUUUUGCAUACUAGGUGGACAAGACUAGAGUUAACUGAAAGUUAUUAGCUUCCUCAUCCCUAACAUUUGUCAUAUUAGCAAUGUUGACUUUUCACAAGUUUUGUAAUAGAAAUUGCCUUUUUAUUGAAAUAUUUAAGCUCUCUUUGCUGAAAAAUAAAAUUGCUCUGAUUGUUAUCAGAGGAAUUGAGACUGGGCAUGCUCUGUUUCCAUUUCUGGUCUGUCAUUUGUUAAAUCCCAGUGUUUUUUUAAACUACUCAUUGAUAAGAAUGAUUAUGACUUCAUAGUGUAUAUAUUAAAAACUUUAAAAUUAAUAUCAUGUUCAUUUAAUUAACCAAGUAACUUUGGACAAAUUGCACUCAGGUGAGUCUAAC